AUGUCUUCUUCAACCUCUUCACACACGGUUCUUCUUAUUCAAGCGUCUCCUCGGCUCGACUCUCGUACUUGGGCCGAUUAUGAAAGUCUCACCGAUGCUCUGGACGCAAUUUGCAAGAUGUUUGAAGAGUUUUUGUCGAAGAAAUCAGCUGGACCAGUCACCUACGAUGUUUCUCAAGUUUACGAGUUCCUCGAUAAGCUCUCAGACAUUUCGAUCAUGAUCUUCAAUCGAGAAACCGGGCAAUACAUCGGUCGUACUCGUGCGUGGAUCAAACAGCAAGUGUACGAAAUGAUGCGCGGACGGUGCCAGCAUCCGGAAGGUGGCGAAAAGGUUAUUGUCGGCUACUGA